AUGCGAAGUCAGCUUCUUUUCUGCUGUCUUUUAUCAGUUGUGCUGCUUCAAGCUUCGGAAGUUCACGACUCACUGCCUUCUAAUGACAAAGGUAAAGUCCCUUGACAACUUCCAAAAUCUGAAGGAUUAUAUAAAGAGCCCACAGAGUCUUCUCCUUUUACUUCUGAAAACCCUCAUUGGAGAGCCCUUACCACACCAGCUUCUUGCCCUCCAGGUAAGUCUAGUAAUGCUGAUGGAAGUACUUGUGUCACUUGUGGUGACUUAUGUGCUUAUUGUGCCGACUUUACCCAGGCAUGCUUACAGUGUAUGGACCCAAAUAGAAUGGAAAUCGGCACAGGCGCAGACAUGAACAAAUGCAAAUGCAAAGGCUCUCAAACUUUAAGCGGAACUACUUGCCAGUGUGCCACUGAUGCAGAUUGGUUCGAUGGAAGUACUUGCCAAAACUGUCCUAACCAAGGCGAAUUUUAUGAUGCAACCCAAUCUUUAUGCACUUCCUGUGCCACUACUCAAAAAAUGAAAAUGAAGACCAAAAUCAAGGCCAAGGAGUCCCCAUCUUGUUGUGCAGACAAAAAAUACUACAAUUCAAAUCAAUUGUGUCAAGACUGUGGUGCCAAUUGUGAUUCCUGUGCUGAUACUACUGGUAACUGUAUUAAAUGCUCACAAAAGUUAAAAGGUCGAGCCAUUAUUAAGAUCAAAAAGACUUCAUGUUGCCUUGAUGGACAAUUUAACGGAGGAACUGCUGGAAACACUUGCAUGAAUUGCCAAGAUACCAAUUGUAAUAUCUGCAGUGACGGCGCCACCAAUGGUGCCACUUGUCUUGAAUGCAAGAAAAAGUUAAAACUGCCUUCAAAUUUAGUUGUACACGUCAAAAAAACCAGUUGUUGCUCAAAUUCUAAUGAAUUUUGGAAAACGCCAGACAACCAAUGCAAGCCAUGUCCUGAUACUAAUUGUGCAAGCUGCCAAGACGGAGGAGAUGGAACUGCCUGUAUCCAAUGCAAAAAUACAGUCAAAAUGGCAGGUGUGAAGGUAAAACUUAAGAAAACCAGCUGUUGUGACUCAGGAAAACACAGAACUGGCAGUUCUUGUGUGAACUGUUCUGAUAAUUGUUUGGAGUGCAAAGAUGUGACAGGGGAUUGUAUUUCUUGCUCAAAGAAAGUCAAGGGUGCUACAAUAGUGGACGUAAGCACAUGCUGUUCUGGAAAUACCUAUUAUAGUUUAACUGCUGUUCCACCCGCCUGUGUCACAUGUCCUGAUACAAACUGUGAUGACUGUCAAAAUGUGACUGGAAACUGUCUUACUUGCAGCAAAAAAGUAAAAUUCCCAGCAAUCACUGUUGGCCAUAAAAAAAUGCCAAGUUGUUGUCUUGAUAACAAAUAUAAACCAAGCGGAUCAGGUGCUUGUACUACCUGCGCAGAUAAUUGCAAUGAUUGUGCAGAUGGCGAUGGGUCUUGCAUAAAAUGCUCUAAUCUUGUGAAAUUCAGAGGCGCAAAAGUCAAGCUAAAAAAGACAUCAUGCUGUGCAGACGAUAAUAAAUAUUGGAACGCAGGCCAAUGCAAUCCUUGCAACAGCCAUUGUCUUAUGUGCCAAGAUGUCUCAGGAGACUGUAUAAAAUGUGAAAAAGACUUCAAAGGAAGUGCCCCAAGAAUUAAUAUCGGUACUUGUUGUGAUCCAGGCAAAUACUACAAGAGCGGCAGCUGCCAGGCAUGUCCUGUCAAUAAUUGUGAUUUAUGCGAAAAUAUUACAGGACUAUGCAUAGAAUGUUCCAAAAAAGUAAAAUUGCCACAAGUUGUUGCUAAAGUGAAAACGCAGCCAAGUUGUUGUAUCAAUGAUGCGGAAUAUAGGCCCACUGGUGGAAGUUCCUGCAUUUCUUGCCCAACAAACUGCGAUUAUUGUAAUGAUGGAGAUGGCUCCUGCAUACAAUGCUCUGGUUUAAUGAAAUUCAGAAACAUAAAAGUCAAGGUGAAAAAGACAUCAUGUUGUUCAGACGAUAAUAAAUAUUGGACCAGUAAUAAUCAAUGCGAUUCUUGCAACAGCCAUUGUCUUAUGUGCCAAGAUGUCUCAGGAGACUGUAUGAAAUGUGAAAAAACAUUCAAAGGAAUCGCCCCAAAAGUUAAUAUCGGUACUUGUUGUGAUCCAGGCGAAUACUACAAGAGCGGCGCUGAUGGUUGCAAGACAUGUCCUGUCAAUAAUUGUGAUUUAUGCGAAAAUAUUACAGGGAAAUGCAUAGAAUGUUCCAAAAAAGUAAAAUUACCACAAGUUGUUGCUAAAAUAAAAACGCAGCCAAGCUGCUGUAUCAAUGAUGCGGAAUAUUGGCCCACUGGUGGAAGUUCCUGCACUUCUUGCCCAACAAAUUGCGAUUAUUGUAAUGAUGGUGGUGGCUCCUGCAUACAAUGCUCUGGUUUAAUGAAAUUCAGAAAUAUAAAAGUCAAGGUGAAAAAGACAUCAUGUUGCGCAGACGAUAAUAAAUAUUGGGCCAGUAAUAAUCAAUGCGACACUUGCAGCAGUCAUUGUCUUAUGUGCCAAGAUGUCUCAGGAGACUGUAUGAAAUGUGAAAAAUACUUCAAAGGAAGCUCAUUAAAAGUCAAUGUGGGUACUUGUUGUGAUCCAGGCGAAUACUACAAGAGCGGCGCUGAUGGUUGCAAGACAUGUCCUGUCAAUAAUUGUGAUUUAUGCGAAAAUAUUACAGGGAAAUGCAUACUCCUCACUCUCAGAAAAUGCCUAAAUGUUUAUAAGACUAUAUAAUUGAUUUAUUUUCUGGAUUUUAUAUAUAUUAUUUUUUAAAUAAUGAAUUAUAGUCUAAUUAAAAAAAUUACCAAGAAUUAAUUUUAAAAAACCAAAUAUUCCUGUAAUUUCAUUAUAUAAUGCAUAUUGUCGAUUUAUGAGUUAGAAUGCUCCAAAAAAGUUAAAUUCCCUCAAGUUGUUGCUAAAGUGAAAAAGCAGCCAAGCUGUUGUAUAGAUGGGAAAUAUUGGCCCACUGGUGGAAGUUCCUGCACUUCUUGCCCAACAAAUUGCGAUUAUUGUAAUGAUGGUGGUGGCUCCUGCAUACAAUGCUCUGAUUUAAUGAAAUUCAGAAACAUAAAAGUCAAGGUGAAAAAGACAUCAUGUUGCGCAGACGAUAAUAAAUAUUGGACCAGUAAUAAUCAAUGCGACACUUGCAGCAGCCAUUGUCUUAUGUGCCAAGAUGUCUCAGGAGACUGUAUUAAUUGUGAAAAAUACUUCAAAGGAAGCUCAUUAAAAGUCAAUGUGGGUACUUGUUGUGAUCCAGGCAAAUACUACCAGAGCAGUGGUGCUGGUUGCCAGACAUGUCCUGUCAAUAAUUGUGAUUUAUGCGAAAAUAUUACAGGAAAAUGCAUAGAAUGCUCCAAAAAAGUUAAAUUCCCUCAAGUUGUUGCUAAAGUGAAAAAGCAGCCAAGCUGUUGUAUAGAUGGGAAAUAUUGGCCCACUGGUGGAAGUUCCUGCACUUCUUGCCCAACAAAUUGCGAUUAUUGUAAUGAUGGUGGUGGCUCCUGCAUACAAUGCUCUGAUUUAAUGAAAUUCAGAAACAUAAAAGUCAAGGUGAAAAAGACAUCAUGUUGCGCAGACGAUAAUAAAUAUUGGACCAGUAAUAAUCAAUGCGACACUUGCAGCAGCCAUUGUCUUAUGUGCCAAGAUGUCUCAGGAGACUGUAUUAAUUGUGAAAAAUACUUCAAAGGAAGCUCAUUAAAAGUCAAUGUGGGUACUUGCUGUGAUCCAGGCAAAUACUACCAGAGCAGUGGUGCUGGUUGCCAGACAUGUCCUGUCAAUAAUUGUGAUUUAUGCGAAAAUAUUACAGGAAAAUGCAUAGAAUGCUCCAAAAAAGUUAAAUUCCCUCAAGUUGUUGCUAAAGUGAAAAAGCAGCCAAGCUGUUGUAUAGAUGGGAAAUAUUGGCCAACUGGUGGAAGUUCCUGCACUUCUUGCCCAACAAAUUGCGAUUAUUGUAAUGAUGGAGAUGGCUCCUGCAUACAAUGCUCUGAUUUAAUGAAAUUCAGAAACAUAAAAGUCAAGGUGAAAAAGACAUCAUGUUGCGCAGACGAUAAUAAAUAUUGGACCAGUAAUAAUCAAUGCGACACUUGCAGCAGUCAUUGUCUUAUGUGCCAAGAUGUCUCAGGAGACUGUAUUAAUUGUGAAAAAUACUUCAAAGGAAGCUCAUUAAAAGUCAAUGUGGGUACUUGUUGUGAUCCAGGCAAUUACUACAAGGCGAGCGUUGGCUGUUCGGCAUGCCCUGACACAAAUUGUGAUUUCUGCGAAAAUAUUACAGGAAACUGUUUAGCAUGCUCCACAAAAGUUAAAUUCCCAAGAGUCGUUGCUAAAGUGAAAAAGCAGCCAAGCUGUUGUAUAGAUGGGAAAUAUUGGCCCACUUCUGGGUCCUCCUGCAUUAAUUGCCCAACAAACUGCGACUAUUGUAACGAUGGUGAUGGCUCCUGCAUACAAUGCUCUAAUUUGAUGAAAAUAAGAGGCGUAAAGGCCAAGCUUAAAAAGACAUCAUGCUGCGCAGACGAUAAUAAAUAUUGGACCAGUAAUAAUCAAUGCGAUGUCUGUCCAGGAACCCACUGUCUUAUGUGUCAAGAUGUCUCAGGAGACUGUAUUAACUGUGAAAAAUACUUCAAAGGACACUCCUUAAGAGUCAAUGUCGGUACUUGCUGUGCUGCAGGCAAAUACUAUAAGAGCCAAGCAUUACAGUGCCAGCCUUGCCCUGACCAAAAUUGUGACACCUGCGAAAAUAUCACUGGAAACUGCUUUGCAUGCUCCAAAAAGGUUAAAAUACACGCCGUAGCAGGGGUUAAAAAAGUUCCCAGCUGUUGUUCAGCCACCAACCAAUACUACAACAAUUCCCAGAAAAAAUGCCUCAACUGUGCUACUAACUGUGAUAUAUGUGAGGACGUCUCAGCUGACUGUUUACAAUGCUCAAAUAAAUUUAAAUUUAGUGCUAAAGCUUCAGCCAAAAAGACCAGUUGUUGUGCGGCUGGAAAAUUCUGGAAUGAUACAACCAAAAAGUGCGAAUCCUGCGCAGCAUCUUGUAACGAUGACCCCCCCCCCUCAAUCUUCAUGUCUACUGCAACAAAGAUUUUUUGAAAAAAAUCUUCAUGCCUACUGCAAUACAGCAUUUUAUAAAAAAAUUAAUGCAUUUUUCUCUAGGUGAGUUUCUCAAAAAAACCAUAAAACAGCGCUACUGUAGGCGUUCAAUGACCUUCUCAUCGAGAUUUGGACGGCUAUUGCCAUCGCUCGCCAUUUUAUUAAACCUAACUAGCUAAAAAGUACGGAAAAAUUUAAAAUGCGCAUCGAAAAUUUGUUGCAAGAGGAUUAUGAUUAAGAUUAUUACAGACAGACGCUAGCCAUAUUGAUGACGCAGUCAUUAAAGACCUCCCGUACGGAAAGUUCUACUGCUUUUCGACUCCAGUCCAGAGGAUCUAUCCCUCUUCUGAGUGCCCUUCCGGUACCUUCUGUCUCCUCCUUGCCUUGGGAGUUCAGUCUUGAGUGGGCGGCUUAUGGAUUUCUGCGGCCCUGCUAAGGGCGAUUGGAGUAACUUGAUUCCAAAGAUCAGCUCUUGGAGUCUAUUGGGUAUCAAAGUGCCUUCCUUCGACAGCUACCGGGAAAAGACUGUUCCCCUGUGGCCUGGGCUGAAACCCCAAUUUCUCGUUAGAGGAAUACCCAUUGGUACUUGGAUCCAAGGACGUUGUUGAGCACCUCCAUUUCCAAUCACAGGAAAGCAGCCAAAACCUACCCGGAUACACACUUCUUGAGCCUGCGUCUGAUUCUUGGCUCGGAGUCCGUCCAGUUCGCUGUAGCCAUAAGGUCUGGACUUCUGCGCCAAGAGGGCAGAUUGACACGCGUCGCCAUUUAAUGUAUAUAAUUUGUAUCAAGAGACAUGAAAAUUAUUAUUUUUUUUAUAUAAAAUUUUAUAUUAAAAAAUUGAAUUUUUGUUGCAAUAGACAUGAAGAUUGAAGGGGGGGUCAUCGUUACAAGCUGUGAAGAUGUGACUGGACUGUGCAUUUGCAGCAAAAAAUUCUCAUUUAGAGCAAAAGCAGGAAUUAAGCCGACUUCUUGUUGUGCUUCAGGGAAAUAUUGGGAUACUACUUGCAAGGCAUGUCAAAGUUAUUGCUUUGAGUGUGUUGAUGGGACAGGGGAUUGUAUGAAAUGUGAUGAACAGUUUUCUGUGAAGACUACAGUGUUUAACCCAACUGGAAGCUGCUGUCCUGAUGGAUUUUAUUAUCAAGGAGGUAGUUGUCAUGCUUGUACCAAGCCUUGUGCAACUUGUAUAGGCUAGGCUUGCUGCUAGAGUGUCUGUAAUUAGAAGUUUUAGGUUUUAUUUUAAAAGCUGAAAUAAAAUAAAUUUGAAUGUAUUUGCCCUAUUUAAUUUUAUUUUUAGUAUAAAUUUAAAAAGCUCUUUCUAAAUAUUUAGGUUCAUUAUAAAAUAUUAUAUUAAUUUCACUUAUAAAGAAAUAAAUACUUUUAUUGUUUAUAAUUUUAAAAAAAUUUUUAAAAUAAAAAAUUAAAUUUUAAAAAUUUGAUAUAAAUUUUAUAAAAAGUGCUCUUUAUUAAUGAUAAGAUUUUUUAUUAAGAGUACUCUAAUAGCAUUCCCAAGCCAUACCACAGCAACAAAAUGUACUUCAUGUACUGAACUCGCGACUUAUGAUAAAACAGCCUUUACUUGCACCUGCAAAUCUGGCUAUUACAAAUCCUCUACCGACUGUGAGCUCUGCAAAGCUCCAUGCAAAGUUUGUUCAAGCGAAUCCGUCUGUUCCUCUUGUCGAGCCCAUGCCACCCUUGAUGCUUCCACCAAGCUCUGCAGCUGCGAUUCAGGAUAUACUCUAACUAGCAGCUCCAUCACCGGCUAUUGUGCCGCUAACUGCAACUCUCUUUGCACUGAAUGCAAUACUGACGAUGGAAAUAAAUGCACUAAAUGUGUCACUAAUGCAGAACUAACAGGGUCAAAAUGUGCUUGUACUGCCAAUUCUUCAUUUGAUUCCAAUUCUAACUCCCCGUCCGUGCACGAUUUAAAUCAUUAAAAUAACUUAAUAUAAAAAUAUAUUAAUUGAAAGUUACAAUAUUAAAAAUGUCAGUUAGGGAUAGGUCCUAACUCCUGUUAACCAGGUAAGGGUCUUAGUGAGAGAAGUUAAGCUUCUUGAGAGUCUCGGCUUGAAGAGAAGAGGUCAGCAUUGAGGCUGAUUAACUUAACGGUUCGACGGUUAGGCCGGUCCAUCUACCGUCGUUCAGAGCUGUUAAUAUAGCUUGGACCCUCAAGUAAAAGAAGACUGAUGGCAAUAUGCUAGAGUAAUUCAUUAAACUUAAACUUAAACCCUCCAGAAAAUUAUUAUAAUGGGAUCUUAAACAAAUUCUGUUGAAAUUUUAAGAGCUUGACUUAAAUUUUGCAAAUUAAAUUAAUUGGAUUUUAAAUUAAAAAAAAAAUCAGCCCCUCUGCGUGAAUGAGCGAGUUUUUUUGCUCAGUCAUGGAGGGGAGUAAGACUUGUGUCUGUAAUAGUGGCUAUACCUUGAUGUUUAACAAAUGCAUAGGGUGUAAGAAAUACUUGGCAUCGACUGAUGUAAAAUCAGCAAGUUUCAGCACGACGUGGACUUCAAUAAAUAUAUAUUUCAAUGCAAAAGUUGAUACCAAGCUAGAUCCAACCUGCUCUAAGGUGUUUAAUUCGACGACACUAGGACUACUGGGAACUGGGCCUGUUUGUAGCUGGCUUGACCAAAAGACGCUUAAAGUGGCUCUUGGGAGCUUAUUUACACUUAGAGGCCAGACUAUGUAUUUGGAUGGGACAUAUUUAGUAAAAGACUCAAGCGAUUCUUGCUCAUUGACUUAUCAGCCACUUUCUGUGGUCCCUACCACCUCUGUAAGUCCUUCUCCAACUGCUGCUUUGACUGGUCCUUCAAGUGCUUCUUUAUCUUGUGGGUCUUCUUCAGAACCAUUGAAAUACUCAGGUGAAAAAUCAACGAUGUCAAUAGGCUCUAUGUCCUAUGCUUGGUCCUCUACAAUUUCUCCUACAAACAGCAAGCUAAGCGACUACAUAAAGUCCCAAAAAACAUCUUCUAUCAGUAUCGCUAAGUCUUAUUUCGAUAUCUCAACCACCACGACCCUAAAUCUUACGCUCCAGGUAACUAACUAUUUUGGGCUAAAAAGCUCAGCUUGGCUUGUCACUACAGUGACUGGAGAAAGCAGUCUAUCAGUCAUAUUUGACCAAGGGAACAGUAUUUCUAUGAAGGCUAGCUCUUCUUCUACUAUAAAGGCAAAACUCAGUACUCUCUGUUCUAAUUCUGCCAGCAGUAGCUUCUCAUGGACCUGGAAAUACUAUUCUGGCCCUACCAUUGACUCUACCUCCAUCCUCCAAAACGCUAACAACGACAAACUGACAAUCAAGAAAAAUGCUUUAGCAGCUAAAACUGAUACCCCAUAUGUCUUUAUGGCUAUUGCUUCCCAAACCUAUAACGGUGCCUCUAUUUCUGGAAAUUCUACUAUAUCAAUUACAGUCACUUCUUCACCUUUAUCAAUACAGUUAUCUAACUCCCCCUUUUAAAAUGAAAAAAAAAACAUAAACAAAUUUCACUUUAGCCCUUUAAAUAAAAUUAUUAAUUUUUAGAUAAAUAGUUUUGGGUUAAUUUAAUGGAAUGCUUCAAGUAGGAUCUAUUUAAACACCUUAAAUUGAAUUGAUUAAUAUAUUUAAUUUAAUUCAUAAAAUUAUUGAAUUUUUAUUUUUUAAUUUUAUAUUAAUUUUUUUUAAAACAAAUUAACCCUACUAAUUGGAGCAGGAUUUUUUGUUCCAAUUUAAAGGAAAUGAGUAAGACAAGCGGAGACGUAUCCCCUGACUCUGAUUAUACGAUAGAUGCAAGCGGCAGCAAAGAUCCUGAUGAUUCGACUGUAAGUUUAACUUACUUAUGGACUUGCACAAAUACAGCUGACGCUAGCACAUGUGUAGGAGGUGACGGAAAGACCCUUUUAGACAGCGAAGCCAGUGUAAAUUUGAAGAUACCGGCAACAAGACUAGUAAAAGGCGCCCAAUGGGAUAUCAAAUGUACAAUUUCUAAAGAUACCAGGACUGCCAGCGCAACUGUAACCUUAACCGUUCUCAGCACCACUGCAACAGCCAAAGCAGAAAUUGUGCUAAGCUCAGAAAAAUUCAACCCACAAGGGACUAACAAGUUUUCAGCCUCAGUUACAUCGAGCUAUUCCCCUACUUUACAAUGGUCAGUCACCUCAGGACAAGAUAUAGCAAUUUCUCCUAAUUAUUUGUCGACUGUUUCUUUGCCUUCUGGGACAUUGACUGAAGGGAACUCCUAUACAUUUACUUUAUCUAUAUCAGCUCAAGGCAAGUCCUUUACAGUUCAUUUACCAAUUAACGCUAACCUAGGAGCGACUUGUACAGGAACAGCUGCAUCUGACCCGACCACUGGCAAUGCAUUAACAACCUCUUUUAAGCUGAGCGUAGAUGGCUGCUAUGAUAAAGAUGAAGAAGAUUAUCCAUUAACCUACCGUUACCUUGAUGUCACUGGUGGCAAAACUUAUACUUUAGGUUACACGACUGAGGUUAAUUACUUAUCGACCUAUUUGUUCCCUAAUGAAAAUGCAGUCACCAUUCGUGUCUGUGAUAGCUUAGUAACCUGCUCUGAUUAUUCAAUUACCCUUACUAUUAGUGCAGCCAGCAGCAGAAGACUAGAAUCUUCUUCACUUAUGGAAGCUUAUUUAGAAAGCACUAUAGACUCUGAUAAUGUCCCAGCAAGUAUCAGUUUAUUCUGCGGCUCUGCAACUAUUGACAGUGAGCUCUUUGCUAAAAUGUGGAGCGACUUACAAAGCUAUGUUGCAAGUACCACGGUUGACAACGAUAGACUGCAAAAUGCACUAGGAGCUGCAUACUCUAUGACGACCCAAACUGAGCAGAUGAGUGCUGAAAUGUUUACAACAAUGGCAACUUGGCUUGCAGGGGUUAUUGUAAAUAAUCCAUCAUUAGUCCCAAGUCAAGAAAACAUGGUGACAGUUGUCGCAUUAGUCAAUAAUUAUUUGUCAUAUGGCUACAAUACCAACUAUGUAGGCAUGUCCUUAGAAGACUAUAUUAUAAAUGCAGACAAGUUUUUGACUGAAUGGGAAAUAGCUGCGACUCUUGACGAUUUAGUAACACAAUCUGCAAUGGACGGGUCUCAAAAUACAGACAUGACCAAAGUCUUCAAAUAUAGAGAUUUCCCGAGCUCAAUGGUAAACCAUACAGCAAGGAUAGGGACAAAUCAAACCUUUUCGAUUCCAACAAACCUCAGCUAUGCAGAUACUGACGUUAUGAACAUCAAGCUGCAUUAUUAUAACUUAUCAGACGAGAGCAGCGAUAUCGUUAUGAUGAGUUUUGCUAAUUCAGGCAGUUAUGUCAAUUAUGAGCUCCAGACGUCAACUGAGACUUAUGUGCCAUUCUCUACAAGUGACUACCCAUUUGUGUUGGAGCUGCCUAUCAAUAAAGACCUCGGCAGACACUACGCCUGGGGCUGCUUGUUUUAUAAUGAGACUAGUAAAACUUGGGUAGAAGACGGAUGUGAGAUCUCUGAGAUUAAAAACAAUAGCAUUGUAUUUGAGGUUUAUCAUUUCUCUAUGUUUUAAAAUACUUAAUUAAAUGGUGAUUGUGAUAGGUGCCCUACUAGUUCAUUCAGGCUCAUGCAAAUAGAAUCCAUUGUAGCUAGGCAUCAGAUCACACCCAACUGAAAGACACAAUGUCUUGCCGCACAUCUUCAUGCAAAGGAUUAACUAAAACUUUAGCUAGAAACACAGGGAAGAAGGAGACCAGCCAAUCAUCUAUGGUACCACCCCAUCUGCAAAUGAAGACUAUUGCGCAGGAGGAGACAAAUAGUCAACAGGGUCAGUGCUCCGUUAGACAAUUCUGCUUCACCAUUUUUUGAUUACUGGCGGUAGAUGGAGUUAGCGAUUAACACCCACAAACAAAUGGCGUCUAUUUCUCAUCCAAACUUAAUCUAAUACAAUCUAUGUUUAAGCUGACCCAAACUGAAGUUGUCAUUCCUAACAAGCCUUCAAGUAGCUCAUGUGAUGAUAAUUAUGCUCCAAUUUAUAUAUUGGUAGUCACUCUGUUUGUUUCUAUAAUUUUUGCCCCUAUUCUGAGCUUUAUUGAUAGCAAACAUCAAGCUAAGAAGGUCAAACCUGUCCUACACGAUAUCUCAUUCCAUCCAGAAUCUCCUGCACAUUUCUUAAAGAAGCAAGAAUAUGUGGAUACUGAAAAUAAAAAUGAAGAAAAUGUAAAGGCUCCAAAUAAUCCUGCAGGAAGUUUGGCAUUAGAGAGCAUUCAAGAUGAGCAGAUUAUUGAGCCAAUACCUAAUCCUCCAAAUGUGAGUGUUCUGGUAGAAAAAGAGGAUGGCCCGUCAACCCCGAAGACUCCUAAUGACGUAAAAGGAGUACCGACUAAAGGAGGAGUUUUCACAGAAUUCCAGUCAUCAGACCCUGUUUUGAGUAAAGCUCAGCCUGAUGAAGAAGAGGUAAAUAAAGAGGAGUUUGCAGAAACUGAGUUGCAAUCAUUAUUAGAAGGCCAUUUACUAUUUGGGCUCAUUUAUUUCAGAAAUCACUUCCCAAGGGCUAUUAGGCUGUUUAUAUUGAUUACAGUCAUUGUUUUCGAAUUAUUGCUAGAAGGGCUACUUAUAUAUGGAUUCGAAAAUAUCAGCAAAGGCAAAUCAGCGUCAACUGAGACCUUGUUUAAUGACUAUGAAGCAGUGUACUUUGGCUACACAAUUUUAGCUCUACUUAUAGCGACCCCAAUAGAACUUUUCAUGAUUUCAGCAUUCGCUAUUGAUAGAAGCAAAGCGCCUAUGUGGUCAAUUGCAGCAGUUAUUGUAGGGAUUUCGGUGCUUAUUGGAUCAAUUAUUGGGAUUGUGCUGCUAAAUAUUGAUUUCUGCUUCGAAUGGAGCGGAUAUUGGGCUAUUUCUUUCCUUUAUGGAAUUUUGGUGCAGGUGUUUGUGGUGGAGACACUUUAUAUGAUUGGAAGAUACUUCACUGUCCAAUUUUCUUCGAGGUAA